AUGCUGCGGCGCCUUUUGGGGGGGGGUCUUCGAGGUGGGGCAGCGACCCCCCAAACUCCCCCCUGGGGGGGGGGUGGGACCCCCAAAAAUGCCCCCCUGGGGUGGGGAGGGGUCCCCCAAAACCCCCUCAGGGGGGGAGGGGUCCCCCAAAAUCCCCCCGCCCGCGGCGCCGGCGACCAAACGCCGCCGGACCUGGCGCGGGAGCGCUGCAAGGCCGUCACCUCCUUCUACCACCAGCCCGCCAUCGAUGCCGCCGCCGAGAGGCCCCAGCACGAGCUCUACAUCCGCGCCUUCCAGAAGCUCAGCGACUUCCCCCCGAUCCACGUGCACACGGACGAGUCCCGGUUCUGCGCGCUGCUCCGGCAGCUCCUGGAGGAUCACCGGGACGUGGUGACGCUGCUGGCCGAGGGGCUGAGGGAGUGCCAGAGACACAUACAGGACCCGCGGCUGCUGCGGCCGUUCCUGGACCAGACGCUGACGCGCCUGUGCGAGCACCAGUACGGGAACGCGCCGCGCGUGCGCAUCAACGGCCACGUGGCGGCGCGCUUCCCCUUCAUCCCCCUGCCCCUGGACUACGUCCUGCCCGAGCUGCUCAAGAACGCCAUGAGGGCCACCAUGGAGUCCCACCUGGACACGCCCUACAACGUCCCCGACAUCGUGGUGACCAUCGCCAACAACGACAUCGACCUCGUCAUCCGGAUCUCGGACCGGGGCGGUGGCAUCCCUCACGAGCUGCUGGACAAGGUGACCGAGUACCACUUCAGCACGGCCGAGGCCAGCGCCCAGGACCCGCGCCUGGGGGGGCCCUUCCGGGGCCUGAUGGACGCCAGCGGCCAGCCCGGGCCCAUGCACGGCUCCAUUUUGGGCCUUUUUUAA